AUGUCUGUUGAUAUUAGCGCUGUUGCUCAACAAUUUACUGAAUACUACUACAAUGUUUUCGAUUCUAACAGAGCCCAAUUAAAUUCUUUAUAUAGGGAACAAAGUAUGUUAACUUUUGAAACCAUUCAAUUACAAGGUACAGCUAACAUUGUUGAAAAACUACAAUCUUUGCCAUUCCAGAAAGUUCAACACAGAGUUACUACAUUGGAUGCUCAACCAGCUUCUCCAAAUGGCGAUAUUUUGGUUUUGAUUACUGGUGAUUUAUUGGUUGACGAGGAGCAAAAUCCACAAAGAUUUUCUCAAGCCUUUCAUUUGAUCCCAGAUAAUGGUUCCUAUUAUGUGUUGAAUGAUAUCUUCCGUUUGAAUUAUUCUAUUUAA